AUGGCUGCAACAAAGGGAAUGGCUAUCGGCAUCGACCUGGGCACCACCUACUCCUGCGUGGGGGUGUUCCAGCACGGCAAGGUGGAGAUCAUUGCCAACGACCAGGGCAACCGCACCACCCCCAGCUACGUGGCCUUCACUGACACUGAGAGGCUCAUCGGCGAUGCCGCCAAGAACCAGGUGGCCAUGAAUCCCCAGAACACUGUCUUUGAUGCGAAACGGCUGAUCGGCAGGAAAUUUAACGACCCUGUAGUGCAGUCAGAUAUGAAACUUUGGCCUUUUCAAGUAAUCAAUGAAGGAGGCAAACCCAAGGUAAUGGUGUCCUACAAAGGGGAGAGAAAAGCUUUCUAUCCAGAGGAAAUCUCUUCUAUGGUACUGACUAAGAUGAAAGAGACAGCUGAAGCAUUUUUGGGCCACUCUGUCACUAAUGCUGUGAUCACUGUGCCCGCCUAUUUCAAUGAUUCUCAGCGCCAGGCCACAAAGGAUGCAGGGGUGAUAGCAGGUCUCAAUGUGCUGAGAAUCAUCAAUGAGCCCACGGCUGCUGCCAUUGCUUAUGGCUUAGAUAAAGCAGGUCAUGGAGAACGACAUGUCCUGAUAUUUGAUCUGGGUGGAGGCACUUUUGAUGUGUCCAUCCUGACCAUCGAUGAUGGAAUUUUCGAGGUGAAGGCCACUGCUGGGGACACCCACCUGGGUGGGGAAGACUUUGACAACAGACUGGUGAGCCACUUUGUGGAUGAGUUCAAGAGGAAACAUAAGAAGGACAUCAGUCAGAACAAGCGAGCCGUGAGGCGGCUUCGCACCGCGUGUGAGAGGGCCAAGAGGACCCUGUCAUCCAGCACCCAGGCCAACCUGGAGAUCGACUCCCUGUUCGAGGGCAUCGACUUCUACACUUCCAUCACCAGAGCCCGGUUUGAAGAGUUGUGUGCAGACCUGUUCCGGGGCACCUUGGAACCCGUGGAGAAGGCUCUCCGGGAUGCCAAGAUGGAUAAGGCUAAAAUCCAUGACAUUGUUUUAGUCGGGGGUUCCACCCGCAUCCCCAAGGUGCAGAAGCUGCUGCAGGACUACUUUAAUGGUCGUGAUCUCAACAAGAGCAUCAACCCUGACGAGGCGGUGGCCUAUGGGGCGGCGGUGCAGGCGGCCAUCCUGAUGGGGGACAAGUCUGAAAAGGUACAAGACCUUCUUUUGUUGGAUGUGUCUCCUCUGUCCCUGGGGCUGGAGACGGCUGGAGGUGUGAUGACUGUCUUAAUCAAGCGCAACUCCACCAUUCCCACCAAGCAGACUCAGAUCUUCACCACCUACUCAGACAACCAGCCGGGGGUGCUGAUCCAGGUGUAUGAGGGCGAGAGGGCUAUGACGAGGGACAACAACCUGCUGGGACGCUUUGACCUGACUGGAAUCCCCCCUGCACCCCGGGGAGUGCCCCAGAUCGAGGUGACCUUUGAUAUUGAUGCCAAUGGUAUUCUCAAUGUGACAGCUAUGGACAAGAGCACAGGCAAGGCCAACAAGAUCACCAUCACCAAUGACAAGGGCCGCCUGAGCAAGGAUGAGAUCGAGCGCAUGGUUCAGGAUGCUGAGAAGUACAAAGCCGAGGACGAACACCAGAGAGAGAAAAUUGCUGCCAAAAAUGCCCUGGAAUCCUAUGCCUUUAACAUGAAGAGUGCUGUGAGUGAUGAAGGCUUGAAGGGCAAGAUUAGUGAGUCAGACAAAAAGAAAAUACUUGACAAAUGUAGUGAGGUCCUAACGUGGCUGGAGGCAAAUCAAUUGGCAGAGAAAGAUGAGUUUGAUCAUAAGAGAAAGGAGUUGGAGAAGGUGUGUAACCCAGUCAUCACAAAACUCUACCAGGGAGGGUGCACUGGCCCCACCUGUGGGACGGGGUACUCGCCUGGAAGGGCUGCCACAGGCCCUACUAUUGAGGAAGUUGAUUAAUCUUGUCUGGAGCUGGAGAAGGAUCCUCAAGGGAGUAUCUAAGAUGAAUUUUGUUGCCUGCAUGUUCAAACAUUGAUUCUUGAAUUGACCGGACCUGGAUUCUUGAAUCAACUGUAUCUAAGUUAUAAUCCCUUUGGGAUUCUGAUGGAGUCUCUAUAUCAUCUUUCCACAUUCUCCAGUGUCUUCUUUCUGACUCGGGAGUGAAAUUCUUAGGGAAAGUAGGCCCCUCUUUGAACCAUUGUAUGAAUUUGAAUGUCUGUAUU